AUUCACAUCCAUAAGCAUUCAAAAUUCAGAAGCUUAUACUAAGAGUCCUUUCUUAGACCAUUCUCUUCUCCAGUCUCUAACACAAUCAAUAUAACAAUGGGUUUUCGUUUACCAGGUAGCAAAAAAACAUUAUUUGCAGUCAGUCAAGCGUCUUCAAGAGCAGUGAAUGCACCAAAAGGCUAUCUUGCGGUGUAUGUUGGAGAGAAAAUGAAGCGGUUUGUGAUUCCUCUAUCAUACUUGAACCAGCCUUUGUUCCGAGAAUUGUUGAGUCAAGCUGAAGAGGAGUUUGGAUAUAAUCAUCCCAUGGGCGGCCUCACAAUUCCUUGCAGCGAAGAUAGCUUCCAACAUAUAACUUCAUGCUUGAAUGUGAUAUAAAUCUCACACUUUAGAAGGCUGACAUAGAUUAGUAGAAACUUUUUGUACAGGAGAAUUGACUUAACAUCAGAAUGUCUAAUCAAGAGUAUGCUCUCUCUCUUUUCUUGCAUUAUAACAAUGAAUUGAAUUAUUCAAAUGGCUUCUUUGUGUUUUCUGUCCGAUAGUUACAAUGUUUAAUUGUUAAUUUGUCCCUUAAAUAAAAGAAAAAUCACAAAUCAUGAGUAAGGCUGCUUGAUCUAGGAAAAACUACACUUGGCUGAACUAAUAAAUUUUUAUAGCCGGAACAGAACAUGAGAUUACUUGUCAGGGCAGAGCAAGAGUAUAUUUCUGAUGAGUUAGGAACAUACAGAAAGAUAAUAUACUCAGGGGGAAGUUAAAAUUAUUUUUUCUUAUAAACCAAAAAUAUGUUCAAGAUUAUACAUAUGAAAUUAAGAUUUUUGAGGAGCAUUGACCCAGAUCAUACACGAAGUGGCUUCUCUGCCUAGGUAGGUCCACAAGAACAUUGGCAUUGGGGUAUUUACAACAACAAAGACUUAUCCCAGUAGGUGAGAUCAGUUAUAUGAAUCACAUGACGCUAUUUGGCUACAUGCAUCAUAGCCAUGCCUUAAAUUUCCAAAGUUCAAUGAUCAGUUUUUCCCUCUCUCAGAUUUGAGAGCUACUUGUGUUUUAAGAUCAACUGAAGUUCCAGCAGAAUUUUAAAUUUCUCACUCUAAAUAGUGCAAGUGGAAAUCGAAAAAAUAAAUCUCUAGGUGAUUUG